CUUACAGAACUAAUGAAGGAAAACCAUGGGUUUUGCCUGUUGUGAGGAAAGUAGAGAAAGCUAUGGCUGAAGAUGAAACUCUAAAUCAUGAAUAUCUUAGCCAGUUAGGAAUGGAAGAAUUCAGUAAACUUGCUACUAGAAUGCUGUUGGGAGAAGAUAGCGUAGCCUUGAAGGAAAAUCGUGCAUUUGGUGUACAGACACUUAGUGGAACUGGAGCCUUGCGAUUGGGUGCAGAUACUUUGGCUAAGCAUGUCAACUAUACUACUUUUUACAUGUCAGCUCCAACAUGGCGUAAAUAUGAUUUCUUAGAUAGAGCCAAAGAGUUCCUAGAACAUUCCAAAUCCAUCAUACUAAAAAAAUAUCCUACUUCCACGGUGUUAAAAAAAGCACGCAAAGUUAUAGCUUUGCCUGGAAUAGUGGAAUCGUUAGACGGUCCUCUCAAUCCUCCAAAGAAUGUCACCUGCCCUAGAUUAUUUUUUGAGAAUGCACCAGAAGAUUCAGUAUUUAUUUUGCAUGCUUGUGCUCACAAUCCUACUGGUGUUGAUCCCACAGAAGAACAGUGGAAAGAAAUAGCUAAAGUAAUGAAGGAAAAGAAAUUAUUUCCUUUUUUUGAUUGUGCAUAUCAAGGUUUUGCUACAGGAGAUUUGGAACGUGACAGAAAAGCUGUACAAUAUUUUGUUUCUGAAGGCUUUGAAUUAUUCUGUGCUCAGUCAUUUGCAAAAAAUUUUGGUCUCUAUAAUGAACGUGCUGGAAACUUAACUGUUGUACUUAAUGAUUCAUCUGCAAUAACAAAUUUACGUGCACAAAUCACAUUAUUAGUCAGAGGAAAUUAUUCUAAUCCACCUGCACAUGGAGUCAGAAUUGUAGCUCGUGUCUUAGGAAAUCCUGAACUUUUUGAAGAAUGGAAAGAGCACAUAAAAACAAUGUCUGGACGUAUUAUGGAAAUGAGAAAAGCACUAUAUGAUAAAUUAAAAGAACUGAAUACACCUGGAACAUGGGACCACAUUAUUAAUCAAAUUGGAAUGUUCUCUUAUACUGGAUUAACACAACCUCAAGUCCAGCAUCUUGUUCAACAAUAUCACAUCUACUUGCCUAAGGAUGGUCGGAUAAGUAUAUGUGGACUAAAUACAGGCAAUGUCGAAUACGUUGCAAAGGCAAUUAAUGAUGCCAUUACUAAAAUAAAUUAAAAU